CGUCCUUCCGGUGCGGCGCCAUCUGCGGAGCGGGCGGGGAGCGCCGGGGCCGGGGUCGGAUCCGCGUCCAUCGUUGGCUGCGCUGAGCGCUCCGUCCCGCAGCCAUGGCGAUCCGGUACCCCAUGGCCGUGGGCCUCAACAAGGGCUACAAGGUGACCAAGAACGUGUCCAAGCCCCGGCAGUGCCGCCGCCGCGGGCGUCUGACCAAACACACCAAGUUUGUGCGAGACAUGAUCAGGGAAGUCUGCGGCUUUGCGCCCUAUGAGAGACGUGCCAUGGAAUUGCUGAAGGUUUCCAAGGAUAAACGUGCUCUGAAGUUCAUCAAGAAACGGGUCGGCACUCACAUCCGGGCUAAGCGGAAGAGGGAAGAGCUCAGCAAUGUCCUGGCAGCCAUGAGGAAAGCUGCUGCAAAGAAGGACUGAGUUCCACAAUCUCUAAUUCAAUAAAGUCCUUUCUUACCAGA